UUUGCCAUGUUUUUAUCUUAAAGUCUCACUAAUCUAAUGCAUUCUUCGACUUAAAGUUUAGACAUAUAUUUAAUAUAGCUAUGAUUCACGUAUUUUUUUUUCUUGUGUACAAUUUUAAAAGUUAGACAUAAGUUGAAGUAAAUCAAGUUUUAUUAAAAUUCAAACAAUAUUUGUGAAUUUUGAUACCUUUCGCCUCGGUUUAUUCGUUUGAAUUUUUAAUUUGUUAUAAAAUAUUUUUAUGAUGUAGAAUAAUUACAUAUUUUGUGUUGGGUUGGGUUUUUACUUAAAAAUAUCGCCAACCCGACCCAACCCAAUUAAAAACAAACCGUAGGAUUUAGAUUUUUUUGUGUGGGUUUGGGUUUAAUAUUUUCCCAACCGUAGUGCAUGGGUCGAGUGAUUAAAAUGCCUAAACCCGGACCACCCGACCCAUGUACACCCCUAGCCGUAGCUGUGCAGCCUGUGCUGUGCUGUCUGUUUCCUGCCUUUCUCUUCUGUUGGCUUCUCCCUCUCCCUUCUCUCUCUUCAAACCACAUCUCCACAUUCCGCCAUUUCACUCCGUAAGUUCUCUCUUCCUGGCUCGCGCGCUCUUACUGCAAAGGCCUCACCCUUUCUUUUUUCUUGCCAUUUUGUUUUGCAUUUCCUGUUCUUCACCUCCUCUCCUUCGUCCGCUUCAAUUCAUCCAGACAUUGCCUGCAACCCUUUUUCCCAUGUUUUUUUUUUCAAUUUCCUCUUCUAGCUGGGUAAUGGGAGGGAGGGCCUCUUCCUACCAAUUUCAUGUGUUUGAUAGGCUAGGUCCCCUGAAAGGAAGCUGAUUUAUUACUCAAGCAUCAUUUGGAGACUGCAAGGCUGCUGCUAACAAAGCUAGAUUUGCGAAUCCCAAUUCCCCCAAUCCCUCACCAGUUCUUCGUUCGUUUCCCUCGUUUUCUUUUAUUUUCUACUCUCACUUUCCCUUUUAUCUCCUUAAUUUAAAGUUCCUGCCUUAGGUUUCAACUGUUCCCGCGAUAAUUUUCCUUGUUAUUCGCUGCUUGACCGCUUCUCUCUCUCCCUACCAGCUUCCGCGGGAGCUUCAGUUUGUGCUUUCUUCUUCCUUCAAGUUUCGAGAUCUGUGAAUUAUGCUUCCUAAUUUGUCUUCUAUGCCCUUCACUCACAAUCUUUCCCCCCUUUACUCAUACAGGUAACAAACCAAGCAAGCAGACUAACGGGAAAAGAAAGCCCCACUUCUGGAAGUUCAACUACUGCUAAUUUACAUUGGUUUUAUGCGAUGCCAUUCUACCUCGCUGCCAAGGCUUUCAUUUGAAGCAUAGGGAAUGAUUGCCAUUAUACUUCGCUGCCAAGGCUUUCAUUUGAAGCACAGGGAAUGAUUUGAAAAGCAAUCCUAUCGUCUUGCGCUUUGCCCCCAUGCUUUCUCGUCAUAGUGAGAUGCUUUGAAUUCUGCCAAGUUAGUUCCACAAAGCUUGGGGGAGAACAAUUUUGUUUUUAAAUGAUUGAACAGUUCAUCAAUUUUGUCAUACGCCCUCCCAGGGCGGAUUAUAACCCAGAUCAAUAUUUAUGGGAAAAAGAUUUUACUCUUGCUGGCAAAGCCUACAAACGGCAAGACUUGGAGCUUACCAAUGCAAGGGGUCAUACUUUACGGUGUAGCCAUUAUGUGCCAUCACCUUUUCCUGAUGAUACUCCCCUUCCUUGUGUUAUUUACUGCCAUGGAAACAGUGGAUGUAGGGCAGACGCAAAUGAGGCUGCUGUCAUUCUUCUCCCUUCAAAUAUUACUGUUUUCACUUUGGACUUCUCCGGCUCCGGCUUGUCUGAUGGCGACUAUGUUAGCCUUGGUUGGCACGAGAAAGAUGAUCUGAAAGUUGUAGUUUCUCAUCUAAGAAGCAAUAAGAAAAUAUCAUGCAUUGGUCUUUGGGGUCGAUCGAUGGGUGCAGUUACAAGCAUGCUUUAUGGAGCAGAAGACCCAUCAAUAGCUGGAAUGGUGCUGGACAGUGCCUUUUCGAAUUUAUUUGAUCUAAUGAUGGAACUCGUGGAUGUCUAUAAAAUUCGGCUUCCAAAGUUCACCGUUAAGAUGGCAGUGCAAUACAUGCGGAGGGUGAUUCAGAAGAAAGCAAAAUUUGACAUUAUGGAUCUCAAUACUCUAAAGGUUGCUCCUAAAACAUUCAUUCCUGCUUUAUUUGGUCAUGCCAGUGAUGACAAAUUCAUACAGUCCCAUCAUUCUGACAUAAUCUUCAAGUCGUUUGCUGGUGACAAAAAUAUGAUAAAGUUCAAUGGUGAUCACAAUUCCUCACGGCCACAGUUCUAUUAUGAUUCGGUUUCCAUAUUCUUCUUCAAUAUCCUUCAUCCUCCUCAAAUUACUACUUCCUCAAGGAAGCUUGAGAAAUAUUAUAAUCUCUCAGACUUGAAGCUUGGUGCUGGCCUGGAUGAGAGUCUUCUGUAUGAGAUAAUCACAGGCAUUCGUUCUGCCUGUACUGAUGCUGCAAGUUCAUCUUCUGCUCCUGCCAACAUCCCACCAUCAAAACCUGUUUCUGAACUUCUUUCUGAAGUCGCUCCUGCCACUAAUUCAACAACACCGGUAGUCGACAAAACAAAUGAUAAGGCCAGCUGCAUAGACCCAUUGUAUUUGCAGGAUAAGGCAACUGAUCAGAGCGAAGAAUGCUGCUCCUAUACUAGUUCAAAUCGGGAGAGUUGGGGUAGAUGCUCAUCUCUUGGUGGUAGUGAUGACGAAGAAUCUUCAGCCAAACGUAGAACUAUAGAUAGCAGUCAUGAGAGUACUCUGAGUCUGAGGGCCUUUGCCACGCCUCUACGGAAGAUACGAAGGAAGCCAGCAGCAGCUGGUGCUGCUGCAGCUGCAGUUCCUCAGAAAGAGCAGAAGAAAAAGAAGAAAUCUCCAAAGAAGAAGCAGAAGGGCGAGAAGCUUGAAAAGCUUGAAGCUUUGAGCAAACGGCUACGCCAUUGUAUACUAAGAAGAGUAAAUCAUCAGAGACAUUGUUCUUCCUGAGUCGAUCAACUGCUUUUAUCAAUUUAUGUUACCUUGUCCAUAUCCAUUACUUGUGUUUAUGAUCCCUCAAUCUCUUUCAAAUUCAACACCAUCCUUUUGCUAGUCUGAGGGUAACUGUAAGCAUUGAUUGAUUGAUGCAAAUAUUAUUGAUUCUGUCUGUACUGGUACAACAAAUGCAAUACUGCCAUUCAUUCUCAUAUUGGACCAUCAUCAGUUGAAUUUUGUAGUCAUUCUGUUUUCCCUUUUGACGUUAAUGAAGGCAUUUCCUCGAU